AUGGCCCUUGAUGCGCAGCAGCGGUGGCAGAAGAUCAAGGUUCUGAUGCGCAUGGUGGCUGGUCUCGCCAGAGAUCAACUGCAACGGGGUCUUCCCCUGGCGGCGCUCAACCUCCUGUCUGGCGCCAAGAUGCACGGCUUGCCCGUCGUCUUCAUGGCCCCUCUGCUCUCGCUCGUCGCAACUUGGCCUUCGCGGACAGCGGCGUCGUCUACAUCGCUGAUGGGGGGGGCCUUCAGGAACCGUGCGAUGGACUGCAACCAGGGCCGCUUCGACGCGAUCGGACAGCGCCCAGCUCGCGCUGGACGCCGUCGCCGACAGCAGCCGCAAGGUGAUGGCUCUCCAGCUGGCGUUCCAGAGAUGGCCAAGGUACAGGUCACAAGUAUGCGGCGGGCGCUGGCUUGGAACCCGACGCAGCGUCGGCUCGUUUUGGAUGGCUUCAAGCACGAUCAGCCGGCAGACGGCGCGAUCAUCAGGAGCCCAACCGACAUGGCCAAUGCGACCCGCGAGCACUGGGAGCCCGUCUUCGCAGCUGCCUCUGGCAGCGACGAGGCCAUUCCUGAGUAUCUGGCGUGCCUGCGGCUCUAUGGCAUCCUGAUUAUCCCCUGUCUCUCCUACCUCUGCCAGUUCUUCUUUCUCCCUUUUACCCUUCUCCAGGAAGAGCUGCUCGCGCUGCGCAAACUCUCACGUCUGCCUCCAUCUAGUUUCUCUCUCGCGGAGCUGUUGUCUCUCCAGUGGCUCCACAUGCCCGAGCCGCUUCGAGCCAUGAGUGUCGCUGUGAUUUGGAGGGCGGCGGGGCGGACGUUCAGAGGGUGGGGGAUUGUUGGUCGAAGCUUCGCGCUUGAGCCUUCGCGGAGGCGCCCGCAGUUCAGGCGCUCCGAGCCCGCUGGCUGGCAGUCCAGCCCGCUUGGCCUCUGGCGAAGGUCUGCGGUCCGUGAGCAAGUCCUUGACGCGUUGGGCCUCGAAGAGGCCGUGGGCAUUCUGGCUGCCGCCGCGCCGGCGGUCGAGGCGGCGCCCGCCGCCGCCGAGGAGCCACCGCAGGCGCGCGCGGGCCGCCUGGCCAGCGACGACGACGACGUCUCGGCUCGGACGGCGUACGCCGGCUUCGCGGCUCCCCCUGGCCCGACCCGGUGGCGCUCGCAGGCGAUGGCCAUCACCCUCGAGCGGGCUGCCCAGUGCGCUGGCGCAGCCGCCGCUGCCGCGCCCGGCGAGGCAGCCGCCAGAGGCGCGGCGGCCGGGCUGGGGGCCAGAGCCCAGCUGCGGCCAGGAGGCGCAGCCGUCGACCCCAGGCGGUGCGCCGCUGGGGCCGGCGCCGGACAGUGCGGUGCUGGCGGGCGAUGCUGCAGGCGGCUGCAGGUGGCCGAGGGUGCUGUGGCCGCUGGACGGGGUGCCACAGGUGGCCAGGAGGGCGCUGGACGAGGCACCGCCAGAGCCAGCGCCCGGCCCGGGCCACGGCGCGGAGGCGCGCGGAGAGCUCUCGAGCCGCCACGGUCCGUGGCUGGAGCGCCGAGCCGCUGUCUCCAAG